AAUAUAAUAUAAUAAGACUACAGCUUGAAUACUGUUUGCUGAACCAGUAUUACUGUAGCAUCGAUCUGGUAAUGUCUUAAAAGUAAAUUCUUCAACUUGCACUUAUAAUAUGACUCUUAAACUCACUCAAAAGUCAACAGAUCAAGUCACUAGGUUUGAAUAUUUGACCAUUAAUUCUAACUAGAAAAAUGUGACCAUGUGAUUGUGUCAACUCAUGGUCUGGAAUUUUAAUUAUACAUAUAGUUUUAUAUAAAUUCUGUUAGCCACAUAAACAUACAUGUGGAAUAUGAGUAGCAAUAGCUGCUGGUAAUUGAUCAUUAUUAUGUGUGCAGUGUGCACAUACAUUCAUGUGAUGAUGACUUUAUUCCUAGUGUAAAAUGAAGAAUAUAGCUUAGCUAGUUUAUUAUGUUCUUCAAUUUGACUAAUUAAGCUUUCUGCUAUAUUUUAAUAUAUGCAUGUCAGUAUAACAAAAGUAGUGGCGGUGUAAAUAAAUACAGUGGUUCCCUGCUGUGUUAUAUGGAGUACUUGCAUAAAUGUUUUCAAGAUGAGCGGAUAAGAUGGCUAGUAUCUAGGCACACUAGACAGAAAAAUCCGAAUCCAUCCAGCCACUAUUUAUUUGACCCUAUAUAGAAAUUAAAUGCAGCUUUGUUAUUAUUGUUACCGUGCCUUGUGGAAAUUCUUUUCCUUGUAAACUUUUACCUAGGUGGAGACGCAACUCUAUCUAUAUUUAUUCCUAGAUAUAUACGUAUUUUGCACCAUAGAUAUUACAUAUUGCUAGCCAGCACACAAACAUAAACGUCCGUAAUUAUUUGUAUCUUUCUAGUUACGUUGUGGAAUUGAAAUUCAUACCCAAAAAAAAAAGCCAGCAAAUAAACACGGUUCGGAGACCACCAAGUUACCGAGGGCCCUAAUCAUCCACUGUAGUCUUCAACCCAAGAUUUAAACAACUAUAUGCAAACUAUAUAUGGCAUCCAUUUGGGACCCACCGUUCAUGGAGGCAUACAAGAACUUGUUGGAGAAGAAAGAAGAUAUGAGGAAUAAUAAUGAGGUGGUGGUGGUUGAGGAAUGCGAGCUUCCGGUGAUAGAUCUGAGCCUCUUAGAAGCGAGUGAGGAGGUGGCGAGGGAAGAGUGCAAGUCACAGAUAGCUAGGGCUUCUGAGGAGUGGGGCUUCUUCCAGGUUGUGAAGCACGGCAUCUCCGGCGACAUACUGAAAAGGCUGAGGUGGCAGCAGGAGAAGGCCUUCAAGGAACCCUUCGAUGUGAAGGCCAAAGAGGACAACUUCUCCGCCGGUGCCUACCGCUGGGGAUCCCCUACUGCCACUUGCAUCAAACAGUUAUCUUGGUCUGAGGCUUUUCAUAUUCCCUUAACCGAUAUCAUUGGCUCCAAUAAUAUUCCAUCCAACACUCUCAGGUCGACAAUGGAACAGUUUGCAAGCAGAGUGUCGAGGCUAGCAGACAGAAUAGCAGAAAUACUGGCGGAGAAAAUGGGUGACAAGUCAAGCUUCAUGAAGGAGAAUUGCUUGCCAGACACUUGUUAUCUGAGACUGAACCGAUAUCCAGCGUGCCCAGUGAGGUGUGGUCACGAGAUUAAUGGACUGAUAACGCACACUGACAGUGACUUCCUGACCAUACUAUACCAAGAUCAUGAGGUGGGAGGGUUGCAGUUGGUGAAAGAUGGAAAGUGGAUAGCAGUGAAACCCAACCCUGAAGCUCUUAUUGUCAACAUCGGAGACUUAUUCCAGGCAUACAGCAAUGGGCUAUACAAGAGCGUGCAGCAUCGGGUUGUGGCGAAUCCCACAUCGGAGAGAUUCUCCACUGCGUAUUUCUUUUGCCCUUCCAAUGAUACUGUUAUAGACAGCUGCAGGAAGCCCUCUCUUUACCGCAAAUUCAACUUUCGUGAGUACAGACAACAAGUUCGAGAUGAUGUUCGCACCCUUGGCUCCAAAAUAGGCUUGCCAAGGUUUCUUGUCACUCAUCAUUAUCAUCAACCAUAAUUAAUACAUUUAUUCAUUUAUUAUAUAUUUCUGUGCCUGUGCCUGGAUUGGAAGAAUGAAGGACUUAUAUCGAUUUAUUGAACGAGCUAAGUUUUAUCUAGCUGUGGUCUAUAGAAAUAUAUGUUAUGUCAGUAGUUGAUUCAUAUACUUAGACAUAGCUGCUGGUUUCAUCCUGCAUGUUUUAUGCUGUCUCAUUUUGUCUGCUGUUAUGCCAUAAUACAAGCUGCAAGGCCUAGUUUCUAC